AGGCGUUCCACCAUUCAUACUGUGUCGAAGAGCCUCCUCCAAAUAAAACCCUAAAGCGGCGGCCACUUCCUUGCACCUCGCUCUCCUGCCGCGGAAAAAAUGGCACCGAAGAAGGCUGUUGGAAAAGCUUUGGCAAAAAAGAAGCCGGAGAAGGUGGUGAACCCGCUAUUUGAGAAGCGUCCGAAGCAGUUUGGAAUCGGUGGGGCAUUGCCGCCGAAGAGGGAUCUCACACGGUUCGUCAAAUGGCCGAAGGCUGUUCAAAUUCAGAGGAAGAAGAGGAUUCUCAAGCAGAGGCUCAAGGUUCCACCAGCUUUGAAUCAGUUCACCAAGACCCUUGACAAGAAUCUUGCAACAAACUUGUUCAAGAUGCUUUUGAAGUAUAGGCCAGAGGAUAAAGCACAGAAAAGGGAGCGUCUUUUGAAAAGAGCUCAGGAAGAGGCUGAAGGCAAAUCACACGAUGCGAAAAAGCCUAUCGUCGUUAAAUAUGGUCUCAACCAUGUUACCUAUCUCAUUGAACAGGUAGUCUUUUAUUCCAUACAAGCAAAAAUUCACUCUUUUCAUCUGCAAUGUUCUCUGCAAUCAGAUACUCCCUGUAUUUAUAGCCGCGGGUCUAAAAUGUACUUUCUUUCUUUCCAGAACAAGGCACAGCUGGUCGUGAUUGCACACGAUGUGGACCCAAUUGAGUUGGUCGUUUGGCUCCCAGCUCUGUGCAGGAAGAUGGAAAUUCCAUACUGCAUCGUGAAGGGAAAAGCACGAUUGGGAGCGAUUGUCCACCAAAAGACUGCAUCAGUUUUGUGCUUGACAACCGUGAAGAACGAAGAUAAGCUGGAGUUUAGCAGGAUCCUGGAAGCUAUUAAGGCUAAUUUCAACGAUAAGUACGACGAGUACAGGAAGAAGUGGGGUGGUGGAAUCAUGGGUUCCAAAUCCCAGGCUAAAACUAAGGCAAAGGAGAGGCUGCUGGCGAAGGAAGCUGCUCAGAGGAUGUCUUAGGUAUCAGAAUUGUUCUUUUAUGAUUACUUAUAUGCUUCUUUUAAGGACGAGAACUUGUCCAUGUAACCCUCUUAUUUAUCUUAGAUUAACUUUGGAUGCUAUCAGUUUGUCAUUUCUAAUACUCUCUGCCUAUCCCAUCCCAUAAGACUAGAAUGGUAUUUCAGGCCUUAGGUUUGUAGGUCCUUAUUGCA